AGUGAGUGAACCAUGCGCGUCUCCCUCUCUCCGUUCUCCGGCAUGUCACUAGCACUACCCCCUGUCGUCACACUGACAGCUCCCAAGACCUGCGCCUGAACGGCCGGGCGUGAACGUGUUUAUGUGUAUGUGUCUGGACAGCGAGGGGGCUUUUGGCUUCAGUGUGAGUAGAAAUUGAAACAGAUGAAUAAGGCGAACAAACUUGUGAGGACAACUGGAAGCUGUGCGGGUUGUGGAAAAAAUUACGCCGCAAAUCAAAAAUCAAUUCUCCUUGAUUCGGACAUUCAACAUUUAUCAAGGCGAAGAACGAAGGACGCACGGGAAUAAACCAGAUGAACUUCAAUGAGAAAGCAUGGGUGACAGCAGGUUGAGCUAGACGCCAACUGGCUGGCUGGUUGGCUGGCCGACCGAUCCCCCACAUCCUCCAUCAUCCUUCAUCGCACCCGCGUGGGUGGUCCCCCCACACUCUGGAACACAGCAUCUGGAGGGGUCACCGAGGCAACCAGUGGGGGGCAGCGUCAGCAUCGGCAUAAGCAUCUGGAGUGGUUGCCGGGGAAACCAGCGGGGGCAGCAUCAGCGUGUCAACAUCUCAUUAUCUGAAGUGGUCACUGGGGCAACCGUUUGGGGGCAGCAUCAGCAUCAGCACCAGUAUCUGUGUCUGUGAUGGAGGUGGAGACGGAGAGGGGCAUCCGUCAUCAUCUCCCCAUCACAGAUGAUCCUCAUGUCACUCUGGGCACCCCCUGCCUCCAAGUCUUCUGAGCCUCCUGCCAUCACUGCCCUCGACUCGCUACAGCUUUCUCUCCACCCUACCCUGAUCCACGCCUCCCACUUAGACUCCAAAUGGACUACAAAUAUGGCCGCCUUAGCCUCCCUGCCCAGGCUGAGGACUACAACUACAAGCGAGGGCCUGGCCUGCUGCCGCAGAGUGCCUCGGACCUGGAGGACGAGAGGUCGGACAGCCUGCAGGCGCUGGUGGACGUCAACAGGGGGCAGUGGUGGCCCUGGGGGGACAGGAAGGUCAAGCUGUACAGCUUCCUGUUUGUGGUCACCGUGGCCUUCCUCAUCACGGCCUCCUACGUCCUCAACGGGGACAAGAAGGGUCUCCUGCUGACCCCGUCGCCGUACCACUUCCAGGUUAUGAGUAGCAGCAACAUGGGAGGUCAUAACCCCUACAACUUGACCUUUGUCAGGGACUAUGCCAGCCUGAAGGAGGUCGUGAGGAGCAUCGUAGCCAAAGUGGAGUUCAGUCACAGGAGACUGCCUGAGCUCAAAGACCUGCUGGACCAUGAACCACAUAUCUUCUCCGUCAUCCCUCACAAGUUCCUGACGAGCGUGAAGAACCCGUGCUGGUACGAGGAGCACGCGGCCAACAUCUCGGCUGACAUCUACAAGAGCAACAUGUACAUUCGCUAUUCGCCUCGCUUCCAGGACCUGUGGGGAGCACUGAGGUGAUCAUAUAGGGAACACAUCUAUGAGAGAGAUGGGCGGUGGUAUCGUAUGCGCUGCCUGCCUUACUUCUACAUCAUCGGGCAGCCCAAAUGCGGCACCACGGACCUGUACGACCGCCUGCGUACCCACCCAGACGUGCUCUUCACACCCAUGAAGGAGCCCCACUGGUGGACCAGGAGGAGAUUCGGUGUGAGGGGUGUGUUCCGGCGUAACUUCACGGGCCCCCCUCCCCCGGCCCUCAUGAAGGACUACCUGGACCUGAUGGACAUGGCCGCCUUCCAGAUCCACGAUGGCCUGCUGGCCGACUAUGCCAAGGGCCGCGGCAAACGGGACAUCAUCAUUGGGGAGGCCAGUGCGUCGACGAUGUGGGACAACAACGCCUGGAUGUAUUUCUACAACAAUGGGACGCUAGAGGAGCCCCCUUUCUUAGUGCAAGACUUUAUCCACGCCCUCACGCCCGACGCCAAGUUCAUCGUCAUGCUCAGAGAUCCCGUCGAGAGACUUUACUCGGAGUACCUGUACUUCAGCAAGGCCAACAAGUCAGCGGAGGAUUUCCAUGAGCGUGUGUCUGAGUCUCUGCAGCUGUUCGAGGCGUGCCUGUCUGAGAGCACCAUGCGCUCCUGCAUCUACAACACCACCCUGCACCUCGCCAGUGCCGUGAGGCUCCAUGUGGGUCUGUACAUAGUGUACCUCCUGGACUGGUUGUCGGUGUACAGCAAAGAUCAGAUCUUAGUGCUGCGUCUGGAGGAUCAUGCAGCAAACCGCAAGAAAACCAUGCGCAAAGUCUUCAAAUUCCUCAAUUUAGGGCCCCUAUCGAAAGAGAAGGAGGCGGAGAUCACCAAGAGCCCGGCCUCCAACGCCCGGCGGAAGGCGGACCUGAAGCUGGGGCCGAUGCUGCCCAUCACCAGGGACAUCCUGCAACAGUUCUACACGCCCUUCAACCAGCGCCUCGCCGUCAUGCUGCAGGACAAGGCGUUUCUGUGGAUACCGUCGCCACCAACCAAACCAGAGACACCACAAGACUCCUCUUGAGCCUUAAGAUAAACUAAACUACACUAAAUUAACUGUCACCUUUUUCUUGGCCUGUCCUUCAGCCAAUGGCUUGCAAUCAUUCUGCAGGACAAGGCGUUUCUAUGGACACCGACGCCUCCACCCCAGAUUAGAGACACCAGAGGACUCCUCUUGAGCCUUAAAAAACUAUCUGUCGCUUUUUUGUUGGCCUGUCUUUCAGCCAACGGCCUGCCAUCAUGCUGCAGGCUUUUUUUAUAGACUGCACCGUUCCCAGGACAGGACUCAGGGCUCCCCUUGAGCCUCAAAAAUGUUGACAUUUCACCUUUUUUCCAGGGCUCUUCCUGAGCUUUGACUUUUUGACCUUUUGGCUUUUUGGGCUGCCCUUUAGCCAGAGUCUCAGCAUGAUGCUGCCUUCCUAUGGACAUCCAACACCAUCACCCAAACCUGGGACUCUAGGCUCUUUCUGAUGUUUAACCUUUUCACUUGACCUGACCUUGACCUGACCUUGAGCUUUCCCUUCUGACCUUCCCUCUUCAACUGGCCCCUCACUAUAGUGUUGCAAGGACAUGGCUUUAUCAAUGGACACCUGUCCAGGGAUCAGCUUCUGAAUUUUUGCCUCCUGACCAUUUGACCUUUCCUCUCCUAUGACCUUGCUCUUCAAACAUCAGCGCGCCAUGAUGCUGCAAUGAACUGCGGCCUUCCUUAAUGCUUCUUCCGUAAAAAGGUACACCACUGAGUAACCAAAAAUGAUCCGGAGAGAAACAGUAGAGGUUUUGGACCUCUGCAGCAGGCCACAGUUAUGGUCCCUGCAUCUCCGGUGCUCGGGCCCUAAAAAAACAAACAAAAAAAGCAAUUGGGCUUUGCCGCUUCAGCUUGUGCCCUCGUAUUUUUUUUUUCGUGGACAAGGACAAUGGUGGUGCGGUGUGGCUUUAGAGGAAAAAACAAACAAACAAACAAACAAAUCAUACUUGUGUGCCACAAGAACAAAUGGGCACAUGUAUACUGUACGUGGGUAGGGGGGCAGCUGAGAUUCUGUGAGAGUUUCAGAGGCUCUGCCGCCUUUCUCUACUUUCUAUUCCCCCUCUCUCUCGCUCUCUGUCUCGCCCACAGAUUGAGGGGAAGCCGCCGACUUUAGGCUGUGUGAUGUGCUAAUGAGAGGCGAGAGCUGUCAGACUCCCCGACAGCUUCCACGGCAGAAAAUAAUUGAAUGCCUCUCUCCUCCUCUCUCCUGGUGUGUGUGUGUGUGUGUGUGUGUGUGUGUGUGUGUGUGUGUGUGUGUGUGCGUUUGUGUGUGUGUGUACGUGUACGUGUGUGUGUGUGUGUGUGUGGUUGCACGCGCGAGUGGGUGCACGUGCAAGUCGCCUUAGUCCGCUUCUGGACUGUGUUACAAAAAUAAAGGUGCGAUGAUGAACGAGAGACAGGGAGAGGGAGAGAGUUUGGCGAGGAAUCGGCCUUCCAUUUGUGUAUGUGAGAGCAAGAAACUUGUGAAUAAUUUGCUAUUUCUAUUUGUGUGAGCUAUAUAGGGUUGGGGUGAGAAAUAUUGCUCAUGCGGUGCAAUGCGCAAUGCCCCCUGGCUUUUUUGUUGUUUCGUGUCAGCAAAAGCAAAUGGGGAGGAAUACUGUGCCACGUGUGGCUCUGCAGGCCUGCAAGGAGAAUAUCAAAAUGUAGAUGUGGGGUUUGGUUGGUGUUGUUUAUUAUGGAUCUGUAUGUGGUUCAUUCAAAAGUCUGGUCAUACACCGACUGACUCUCCAGCAAAGAUUUUAUAGCACUCCGGAAUCUUUGAUUACCAUUCUGUUUGUCAUUCACCAUGCCGACCGUGUUCAACACUGUUACGCAUUUGAUCAUUUGAUGCGACAGACGUUCAGAUUUUAACAAUUGUACGAUCACAACAAUAUUACAUUGAUGUCACUCUAGUCUAUACGAGAGAUGUUUUCACAUCCAUGUCCUGUUACUGUAGUAGGCCUACACUAAUGGUUUGCCUAAUGCAACAGCAGUGAGAGAGAAGUGUCUUUCAGAAAUAUGUGCCAGUCAUUGAAUAUACGGUAACACUCUGUUAAGGGGCCUUUAAUUACAGUGUACUUACUCAAUAGGGACAGCAGAAUAACUGGCGUAAUGACAUAUAAGUACGAACUAACUGUAACAGUAGUACACAUUAUUACAUCAUACUAACAUUAUGUGUUUAUCUACAUACCAAGGGUGUCUUGGCUCUUGGGCCUUAGUUCAUUCAUUUGCCUCCCUGGAAGAAUUCAUCACUUUCAAAGUGUUAUCACACCACUUCUUAGUAAAUUAAGAUUAUUAUUGUCAUUAUGGUAUCUAUAUACACAAAUUAUAUGAUGUAAUAACAUGUUACUACAUGUUACUACAGUUGUACUUACAUGUUAUUAUAUGUUAUUUCACUGUACAUAAUGAGUAACACUGCCAUUAAAGCCCCCUUAAAAUAAAGUGUUAACGAAUUUACUUUUACUUUUACUACAUUAGUUGAACAUAUUAUACUGACCUUUGGAAAUAAUGUUAAUGCAGUCGAUCCAUGUGUAUGGAAGUACAGUAUCUUUGCUUCGCACAGCUGUCUAACAGGGAAAAUACUACUAACAGAGUUUCACUUAAAGGGUGUGUGAGAAAAUAUGUACUAUUACAUUAGACCGGUGUAGAUACAUUUUGACAACAUUGUGGUAACACACAGACAGACAGACAGACAGACGGACAGACGGACAGACAGACAGACAGA